CUCUUUAACUAUUUCAGCUAAAGUGAAAAAGACUUGCACCGAGAGAAAAAACAAAAACAAAACAUGAAAUACUAGCAUUUUGCACACCAACUGUUUGUGAAAAUGCCUGUGUGUUCAUCUGGGCCAGAUGGGCAAGUUUUGGAUCUAGAAACUGCUGUGAAAGAUGGGGUCUUGGGUGGUGAGGUUGGUGGAACCAUGGGUUUUGGAGAUGGGUUUGGGUUUGUUGAAAAAAUGGAUCUAAAGAAAAUGAUUCAAGGGCUAGAUUUGGUUGAGGUUCCAUCAGUGUUUAUUUGCCCGAUUUCGCUUGAACCCAUGGAAGACCCUGUGACCCUUUGUACUGGGCAGACUUAUGAACGGUGCAACAUUUUGAAAUGGUUCAGUUUGGGCCAUUUUACUUGCCCAACUACUAUGCAAGAGCUUUGGGAUGAUUCUGUUACUCCGAAUAAUACGCUGCAUAGGCUGAUUCAUACUUGGGUAUAUCGAAAAUAUUGUCAAGUGAAGAAAAGAUCAGAAGAUGUUCAAGGGAUUGUUUUGGAGAUAUUGGAUAAGCUCAAAACUGUUAAGGGUCAAGCUCGAGUGAAUUCGCUUAAGGAAUUAAGGCGAAUUGUAACAAAUCAUGACAUUGUUAGGAAAACAGUGGUGGAAAGAGGUGGGGUGAGUCUUCUUUCGAGUUUAUUAGGUCCUUAUACAUCUCAUGCUAUUGGUUCUGAAGUUGUUUCGAUUCUUGUUCACUUGAAUCUUGAUUCGUGUUCAAGGUUGAGUCUAAUGCAGCCUGCGAAAAUAUCGUUAAUGGUUGAUAUGUUAAAUGAAGGUUGUAUAGAAACAAAGAUUAAUUGUACACGAUUAAUUGAACUUUUGAUGGAAGAAAAUGAUUUCCAAGUGGAAAUCGUGUCCAGCCAUAGUUUGCUUGUUGCAUUGUUAAGAUUGGUUAAAGAUAAGAGACACCCAAGUGGGUGUUUUCCUGGACUUGGCUUAAUGAAAUCGAUAUGUUUACAUAAACAAGUUAGAAGCUUGAUUGUUAGUAUUGGUGUUGUUCCUCAAUUAGUCGAAUUGUUACCUAGUUUAAAUUCGGAUUGUUUGGAGUUAGCCCUUUUUAUAUUGGACGCUUUGUCGACGAUAAGAGAAGGUAAAAUGGCUUUAAGUGGCUGUUCGAGUACUAUACCGAAUAUGGUUAGAGUGUUGAUGAGGGUAUCGGAAAAUUGUACACAACAUGCUUUGUCGAUCUUAUGGUCUAUAUGCAAGCUUUCACCUCAAGAGUAUUCUUUGAUUGCUGUGGAUGUUGGUCUUGCAGCAAAGCUUCUACUUGUCAUCCAAAGUGGUUGUAAUCCAUCACUAAAGCAACAAUCAGCAGAGCUUUUGAAGUUAUGUAGCUUAAACUAUUCGGAUUCGAUAUUCAUUUCAAAAUGCAAGCUUACAAGAACCAUCCAAUGAAAGAGUAUAGAGCUUGAAAAUGCCUAAUGAAGAAAGCCAGGGCACUCACGUAUAUUCGUGAUUAAUGUUCGUUCCCAGUUACGGAUUCGGUUCAAGAUUUGGGCAGAACUGUAGAAGCAAAGAUGAGAUUUUUACAUAGCUUUUUGAAUCUUUUUGCGUCCAAGGUAAAAACUGAAAUUGGGAGCCAAAACUGUUGGUUCAGAGAGCUAAUAUUGUUAAAAAGGAAAACUAUUUGGGGUUCGCAAUCACAAUUGUAAUUGUUUGGUGAUUGCUAUGUUCCAUUCAGUCUCUUGUUUAUGGUUUCAAAAUUAAUGUCAUAUGAUGUUCAAUAGUAAGAGUCUCCAAUUUUGCUCAA